AUGGAUGUUCCGGUUGCUCCACCAAAUGUUCCGUCCCUCUUGCCCAGUGCUGGAGCCACAAAUACCGACAGUCCGACCGUCGUUUCUGGCGAUGUGCACCCGUGUGCUCUACAGCAAAUCGGGAGCAAGGACGGUGAGUCCCGCGUGAAUUCGUUUACAAUGGCAGCAUACAUGUGCAGUAUCUACCGCACUCCCUACCCCCACUUGGGCCCGGUUUCAUGACAGUCAAGAAGGCCAGAGGCGAGAGGGCGUGAGUGGCUGGGACGGCGGAAACUUGCAACUAGACGUACCACCACAUCGCCUGAUCCACAACGUACACUUGCCAAUAUUUUACACUAACCAAUGAGGAGGGGCGACUCGGACCCCAACUACUACCGCGCUAGGCCCUCCGCCACACCCCCAAUGUUGGCAUUCGUUAUGGGUGUGCAUUUCUUGUAACGUCCGCCGGAUUGCAAUCUGGCCCCUGUGCUGGUCCGGCGUCUUUACUGUGUGCUCCAUUCUAGGGGCACAACCACAAUGUCACAGAGGUCAAAACACUCAACUCACUUACGUCCUACAGUCCAUUUGGGUCGCGUGCGCACCUUUAAAUUGCACAUCUUGAUUCUUUCGAAGUUCAUUUUCUAUCUAAGAGUUUUCGCUUUGCCGGUAGAACCCAACGAACUCUCUGAGCAAGUGGAAAGCAAUCCAAAGGUCGCGGGGUCGAUGACUACAGAGACUGGUCCAGUAGAAGCUCGCGUUCUGGCUGGGUUUCUUCCCGGUCUAGACGCCUAUACUGGAUCCAGUUCGGACAGUUCUAGCGACUCUUCUACCGAUGUUGAGGACUCGGCCCAGACCCUUGAUGUCAUCGCAGUGACACGGACUAAAUCCGCCUCGAGCGGUGGUGAAUGA